GUUUGAAUCGUAUAUCAAAUUAAGACAAAUAGGAGUUGUGGACAAUAUGUUGAUCACAAUCUUUGUGGACAUCGACGACAAAAACAAUUCCCGGCGUGUGUUAUACUUAGAUCAGCCAUCUUUGGGUCUCUUCGACAGAGAUCUGCUGUUGAAAGGGAUGAACGACACAUCGGUUUCGGCAUAUUUUGAUCUUAUGGUGAAAAGUGCUGUACUAUUGGGCGCCCAGAAAGACACGGCUCACAGACAG